CCAAGGCCUAGACCCUGGGAUGGGGGAGGGGGAGCUGGAUGGGUGGACAGGCUGAAGCUGAGGGGACAGGAGAGAGGUCAGCGCAGUGAAUCCUGACGGCAAGGGAGCAGGGGCCGCUCUGGACGGGCUGGGCUGCUCUGCACUGACCCGGCUGGGAAGGGCUCUCAGGUCGGCCGGCUCGCGGCGUCAGGGUGGAAUAGAGGAGAUCCUUCAGGCGGCUCCAAGGACCCAGCAAAGAUCUGAUCUCUAAAGCAAGCUGCUGCCCCCCCCCAGUUGUUCCUGGGGAGCACCAUGAGGUAUCUCACUGCCCUGCCUCUCUUUUGGAUAAUGAUUGCAGCCUCAAGGGGCGGUCAGUGGGGGGCCUGGAUGCCCUCCACCAUCUCAGCCUUCGAGAGGACCUGCGUCUCCAUCCCGUGCCGAUUCGAUUUUCCCGAUGAGCUGCGACCUGCUGUGAUCCACGGCGUUUGGUACUUCAACAGCCCCUACCCCAAGAACUACCCACCGGUGGUCUUCAAAUCCCGGACCCACGUUGUCCACGAGAGCUUCCAGGGUCGAAGUCGGCUCCUGGGAGACCUGGGUCUCCGAAACUGCACCUUGCAACUCAUGCACCUGAGCCCAGAGCUAGGGGGCAAGUACUACUUCCGAGCGGACCUGGGAGGUUACAAUCAGUAUACCUUCUCUGAGCACAGCACGCUGGACAUCAUCAAUUCUCCCAGUAUUGUGGUGCCCCCCGAGGUGGUGGCAGGCACGGAAGUGGAGAUCAGCUGCAUGGUUCCCGAUAACUGCCCCGAGCUGCACCCAACACUGAGCUGGCUGGGCCAUGAUGGUCUGGGGGCUCCGGCCGUGCUGGGCAGAAUGCGGGAAGAUGGCGGGACUUGGGUGCAGGCAUCCCUGCUGCACUUUGUGCCCACUCGAGAGGCCAACGGGCACAGGCUCGGCUGCCAGGUCACCUUCCCCAACACUACCUUCCAAUAUGAGGGCUACGCCAGCUUGGACAUCAAAUACCCCCCUUUAAUCGUGGAGAUGAAUACCUCUGUGGAGGCCAUUGAGGGGUCACAGGUGAGCUUGCUCUGUGGGGCUGACAGUAACCCAACCGCUCUGCUGACCUGGAUGAGGGACGGGGCUGUACUCAGGGAGGCCGUGGCCAGGAGCUUGGCCCUGGAGCUGGAGGACCUGACGCCCCAGGAGGACGGCAUCUAUGCCUGCUUGGCUGAGAAUGCCUACGGGCAGGACAACCACACCGUGGGCCUCAGCGUCAUGUAUGCUCCCUGGAAACCUUCGGUGAAUGGGACCGUGGUGGCCGUGGAGGGCGAAGCCGUGUCCAUCCUCUGCUCCACGCAGAGCAACCCAGAUCCCAUUCUCACCAUCUUCAAGGAGAAGCAGAUUCUGGCCACAGUCAUUUAUGAGAGCCAGCUGCUGCUGGAGCUGCCGGCUGUCACUGCCGAGGAUGAUGGGGAAUAUUGGUGUGUGGCUGAAAACCAGUACGGUCAGAGAGCCAGUGCCUUCAACAUCUCCGUGGAGUUUGCCCCCGUGAUCCUUCUGGACUCCCACUGCGCGGCCGUGAGGGACAUGGUGCAGUGCGUCUGCGCCGUCAAGUCGAACCCGGAGCCGGCGGUGGCCUUCGAGCUGCCCUCUCGCAACGUGACGGUGAACGAGACGGAGAGGGAGUUCGUGUACUCGGAGCGCACGGGGCUCGUGCUCACCAGCAUCCUCACCCUCCGUGGGCAGGUGCAAGCCCCGCCCCGCGUCGUCUGCUCGGCUCGCAAUCUCUACGGCACCAAGACCCUGGAGCUGCCCUUCCAGGGAGCCAGUGAGGUGUGGGGAUCAGCACCUGGUGAGAGGCCCAGGGACUGGAGACCCCGGGUUCCCGCUGGGCCUGAUGGGUACUGCCCUCAUAGGAAGAACAUGGCUGAGAGCCCCAGCUUUGCAGGUGGGGAGAAUCCCCCAGUUCUGUUCAGCAGCGACUUCCGUAUUCCAGGGGUGCCAGAGAAAUCUGAGAGUGAGAGGCGCCUGGGCGCAGAGAGGAGGUUGCUGGGCCUUCGAGCAGAACCCCCCGAGCUGGACCUGAGCUACUCCCACGUGGACCUGGGGAAGCGCCCCACCAAGGAUAGCUACACCCUGACAGAGGAACUGGCUGAGUAUGCAGAGAUCAGGGUCAAGUGAGGGGCUGAGGGGCUGCCUGCCUCUUACCCUUGACCUCAGGACCCCCUACCCCAGACUCUCCCCGGUCACAGCCAUGAGUGGUUACUAGGGCUGGCCUCUGGCUCCUCUUCCUCUUAGGGCAAAGGGAGGGGGAAGGGAAGGGAGGGGAACAGAAUGAGGAAGGGGACCUAGUGGUCUCGCCUCCCCCUCCCAACCCCACCUCUUUCCAUUUCCUGGCUCUGCCCUCUCCCUCCCCACAUCAUGACUCCCCUCUAACCUCCUCCAUCCACCUUGUUCAUCAGUCAAGAGGGGAGUUCCUGUCUCUGUUAUUUAUUGCAACCCCAUCCCCCUUCUUCCUUUCUCCUAUGUGGCCCCAGGGUCUGUACAGAGGGAACACUAAAUAAAUGUCCUUGAGGCCA